AUUGUAUGCCAAUAUAUCGUAUUUACAAUCUUAUUUGAAAUGGUGCAAGAACAAUCUCUUAAAGAAGGACCGUUUUUGACCCUUGCUGUUCCGAGUGGAGGUGUAUUGAUGUAAAAUAAAUUUGAGCCAAUCUGUUAUCGGCACAGGCUAUCUGAGGUAUUUACUGACAACCAUAUUUGAACAAGUCCAGUAGGCCCCGCCUUAACAUUCGAACAUUUUGAACGAACAAGAUAAAAUCAUACGGAAGUAUUACAUUGAUUAGUGUACCAUGCUACCGGAUUUCAGAAACUAUCAACUGGACACAAUCUGCUUCCGAAUAAAACAACUUUAUUAGUUCAGCCAAAAAAUUGAAGGAGAAUAUUACGAGGAGAAAAGGACUCAGAAAAUAUUACUAAUGUAAAAAUGCAAUCAUAGAUUUACGCAUUUGCUUUGACAGUGUACAUUGUUUAAUGAUUUUGGAUAUUUCUGCACUUGGGACUUUCAAAAUGUCCUUUAGUAUUGAUGCUUUACUUUCAAAUGAUGUGUCACAAAAGCAAGACUCAAAAUUGAGCUAUAAAGGACAAAUUAAUGGAGCAAUUCGCAAAUCGACCAGUGCUGGCAGCACCAAGACACCUCCGACAAAGGACCAGCCGACCUCGCCCUGCAGUUCCCCUCGGCCUUCGUCCUCGGGAUCCAGCAUUAGAUGCGCGUCCAGUCCCGAGUCCAGCUUGUCCCCCUCUAACUCGGUAAAUAUUCCAGCAGGAAGUUUUAUUCCCCGUCCCGGACUUUUGAAUCUUCAGCAUUCAGGAUCUCUCUUACCUUCAAACCAGCUGCACGGACUAUUCCCUGCCCACCAAAUGUACGGUUACGGCUCUCAGCCAGGGCACCCUAUGUUACCAGUUCUGCCUGGGAGUGCAUUUCAUUCACCUAUGAAUCCUGGACUAAAAAUGCCCCCAUCACAUCAAGGGAUUCAACCAUACUUGAAUGAGUGGUUUGCCAGAGGCGGCAUGUUUAUGCCAAGAAUGAUGGACUAUGGAGCCCAGCAGCAGUCCAAUUUACUGGGUAAAACUCGUCGGCCGAGAACAGCUUUCACGAGUCAGCAGCUCCUGGAACUAGAGAGGCAAUUCAAGAUGAACAAAUACCUGUCCAGACCAAAAAGGUUCGAGGUGGCAACCUCUCUGAUGUUGACAGAAACACAGGUGAAAAUUUGGUUCCAAAAUAGACGUAUGAAAUGGAAACGAAGUAAAAAGGCGAACGAUACUUACCGGAAGACCAGUGACGACACAAAUAGGGGCAACGUCACAGCUUCAGAAAACACAGCGAUGACUAACGAAGAAAUGUACGAUCUAGACCCAGAAUCAGAAGACAUUGACAUUGAUGACGUCGAUGAUGACGACGAACAACCUGAAGCCAAAGACAUGACAUUAAGUGCGAAACUGCAAUCCCAUGAUUCUUUCCAAGUGACAAAUGCAAACUUUUCGAUUAACAGUUUAAAUAUAAGGCAAUCGCAAGACGUAUCGUAACAGGAAAUAUAUGUGGAUUCAUGCGUGUUUAAAAAUUCAUAAUGUUGAAACCAAUAUCACGUGCUUGUCGAAGUAUUAAACAUUACAGAGCAGUUUGUUGUAAAUCAAACUGAUAACGCAUCAUUGAUAAAAUUCUACAAUUUAGAAAAAAGAAGAAGGAAAAUGGUAAUGACAAAUACCUGUAGUUGUGUGCAUACAGAAAGACAAUCAACAUUAAUAUAAUCAUGCAAAACUUUUAUGAAGAGUUUGGUGCGUGAUCUGUGUGUGUGUGUGUGUGUGUGUGUACAGCGAUAAGUCAUGACAUUGUCUAUGGAGUCAUGAAUGAAGACAAGUAACGAAAAGAAUGUAGAAAUAUGAAUGUUAAGUCAAUGUUUUUAUUACUUAUAUCUUAAGAUUUUGUCUAGCACAGAUGUUUAAAAGAACUGCAGGUUUAUAAAAACAUUAAACGCAGGCAUACUGAAAAUUUUAUUUGUUUAUGAAAAUUAUUUCAAAUGUUAGCUGAAUUUGAAUUUAGACUAAGUAUAUUAUCAGAUUAUGGUCUUAAGCCCUGAUUUAAGGUCUGCUAAUAUCAAAAUGUGUAGAAGCCUAAUUCAAUAAUUAUCAAAGUUUAUCAAAAACGAUUAAAUAAAUAAAUGAAUGUUUAUUCGGUAUAUACAUACAUACAAACAUAAAUACCAACGAUAACCCAUGAAAACUCGAAAGCUUAUUUCCAAUGGGGUCCUUUGAUGCAUGCACGGAUGUUUGCGCUAGGGGUGAGAAGCGAGAGCGCUACCUUUGCGAUACUCGGACACCCUUAAAAGGCUAAAUAAUCACUGUCUCUAUAUAUAUUCAAUAUUUUUUUUUCUAUUUUGAAAAUGAAGUAAAUUGUAAUUUAUUUGAUACAGAUAUCUUUAAUUUAAUUAUGAAAUGUGAAGUAGGAUGUUUUUAAAAAAGUAUUAAAGUUUGCUUGACUAAGUUUGAAAAUUUUCAAACAUUAUGCACAAUGAUAACUAAAGAAAUGACUUGAUAUUUCAUAAACCCUUUUGAAUGAUAAAAAAUAUGAAUCUGUAAAUCAGAAAAGUAUUAGUCAGUAUUAGAAUGAAUGUAUACUAUUUGGGGAAGACAACUUUUCUUUCACUACU